AUGCCCUCAGCACACCCAAAACCUAUCCUGCCUCCCUCUCUGGUCGCUGUCACGGGUGCCAAUGGCUUCAUAGCCCAGCAUUGUAUAUCUUGUCUGUUGUCCGAAGGUUACCGAGUUCUGGGCACAGUUCGGUCUCAGUCAAAGGUUGAUCAAGUUCUCGAACUCCACGAAAAUGAUCCCAAUCUCUCUGUCAGAGUGGUAGAGGACAUUACCUCUGUCGAAGCAUAUAUCUCAGCCUUCGCUUCAACUCGGCCAGACGCAAUCUUGCAUCUCGCUGCGCCUUUUCACUACGAUACUAGUGACUUAGAGAAAGAUCUUAUGAUUCCUACGGUCAGAGGCUCGACCGCCAUUUUAAAUGCAGCUAGAGAGUUGGGCGGAGUAAAACGCAUCGUACACACCAACUCAUUUGCUGGUAUCUACGACGCCUCAAAAGGACCACAGCCAGGAAAAGUCUAUACUGCUAAAGAUUGGUCACCUCUGACCUACGACGACGGGGUAAAUGCACCUGCUGCAGCCGUGGCAUAUCGGGCCAGUAAGGCUGUAGCUGAACGGGUGGCAUGGAAGUGGAUGGGUGAUAAUCCAUCAGCACAUUUCGACCUUGUGAGCCUCAAUCCGGCAAUGGUAUUUGGAUCAUUCCUACAGGGCGCAGCUCCAGAACACCCAGAACAGCUCAACACAUCCAAUCAAAUCAUCUACGGCAUUGUGUCAGCUGGAGAGGAUGGGAUAAUACCUGCCACCCGAGGCCCAGUCUGGGUUAGCGUCAAAGACGUUGCUCUUGCACACCUCAGAGCUCUCCAAGUUCCCGAAGCUGGUGGCGAAAGAUAUCUUCUAGCUGCAGGAAUAUAUUGCAAUCAAGAGAUUGCCGACGUUGCAAGAGACGUAGCAGGGAAACACAGAGCUGUUAUUCCACGAGGGCACCCUGGGCUACGAGAGGCUUCUACUCAUUAUAGUGUUGAUGCUAGUGAGACUGAGAAGACCUUAGGAAUUAGAUGGCAGAAGCUACCAGAUAUGCUAUUUGAGUUGCUGCCACAGCUAUUCGAGAUUCAGGCAAGACCUUUGUAG